GUGUGCGUUUUCCGUUUUCGACAUAUAUUCAUCAUCAUCAUCAUCAUCGUUUGUUUAACAAAGCUCAAUUUUCAAUUGCGAAUUAACAAAUUUGAAAAAAAAAUGGAAAGUUUUUGUCGUGAACAUGGUCUUGUUUUUGAAAAUCCUGAUGAUUUUAUGGAUCCAGUCAUUGAUUAUCAAAUGGAUAAACGUAUACCGUCAAAAUUGGCAAAAAAAUUGGCCGAAUUAAAUUAUCGAAAAGCAAAACCAAUACAAUCGGUAGCCAUACCGAUCAUUUUAGACAAACGGGAUUUUGUUGGCAAAGCCGAAACUGGAUCGGGCAAAACAUUAGCAUUUGUAAUACCAGCCUUAAUUUUUAUGAUGGAAGAUGACGAUAUCGAAACUAAAUCCGCUGGUUGUUAUCCAAGAGUAAUGGUCGUUUCACCGACACGUGAAUUAGCCAUCCAAACUAAUGAAGUGAUCGAAUCGAUUGGUUUAUUCAAAUCUAUCUGUGUUUAUGGUGGUGCAUCACGUAUGACGCAAUACUCUGAAUUGCGAUCGAAAAAACCGCCGAUUAUUGUUGGUACACCUGGUCGAAUCAAUGAUUUUCUCGAAACUGGUUCUAUACAUUUGUCAAAAUGCAAUUAUUUUGUUUUGGAUGAAGCUGAUCGUAUGUUUGAUAUGGGUUUUUAUCCACAAAUCAAAAAAAUUAUCGAUCUUUGUCCCCCCAUUCCUAAACGACAAACCUUAUUGUUUUCGGCAACAUGGAUAGAAAAAGUACAAGAAUUGGCCGAUCCAUUAUUAAAUCCGAAUCGUUCAUUAGUUUCAAUUGGUCCAUUGUAUGGUUUAAAAGCUUGUAUUGAUAUCAAGCAACAUCUAUUUCUUUGCCGGGAAUAUGAUAAGAAAAAACUAUUGGAAGAAAUCUUUCGUGAAUUUGAUGCCGAAGAUCCAAAUGAUGAUAUGACUGAAAUUGAAAAUUGCUAUUGUGUCAAUUGUGGUAAAGAUGGUACAACUCGUAUGUUGUUAACAGAUAUUCCAUUUUUUCGUCAAGUUGUUGUCAUGUCAUUUGAAUGUUCAUAUUGUAAUUUUCGUAAUAAUGAACUUCAACCGGCCAAUAAAAUUGCUGAAAAAGGUAUACGUUAUGAAUUGACUGUAUCGAACGUUAAAGAUCUUAGCCGACAAUUGAUAAAAACUGAAUGGGCUCAUGUGAAAAUUCCAGAAUUAGAUUUUGAAAUUAAACAACAAAAUAGUAUGAUUACAACUGUUGAAGGUAUUCUACAACGAACCAUUACUGGGUUAGAAUAUUCUUUACAAAAUAAUGAACAAUUCAAUAAUGAUGAUCAACAACAAAAAGCUAUGAUUGAUUUUAUUGAAAAAAUGCGCCGUCUACAAAAUGGAUCGGAAACAUUUACACUAAUUAUUGAAGAUAUAAGUGGUAAUAGUUUUAUUGAAAAUUUCCUUGCACCACAAUCAGAUCCACAAUUGAAAGUAACAAAUUUUAUUCGUACAAUCGAUGAAGAUAAAUUACUUGGAAUCUAUGAAAUCGAUCCUAAUGAAUCAUCUCAAACGGAAAAUUCCACAGAUCUUAAAGAUGAAGUUUUACAAUUUCCAACAAAUUGUCCGAAUUGUAAUGCACCUUGUUUUACUAAUAUGAAAUUGACAAAAAUUCCACAUUUUAAAGAAAUAAUAAUAAUGGCUACAAAUUGUGAAAUCUGUGGUAAUCGUACGAAUGAAGUAAAAUCUGGUGCCGGUAUCGAAUCAAAAGGUGUACGUAUUACCAUAAAUAUUCAAAAUGAUGAUGAUUUAAAAAAAGAAGUUGUACGCUCGGAUACAUGUAAUAUUUUAAUACCAGAAUUAUCAUUAACAUUAAAUUCAUCCGGUUCAGGUCGUUAUACAACUAUACAAGGAUUAGGUAUGAAUAUAAUCGAUGACCUUCAACGAACAAAUCCAUUUAUUGAUGGUGAUUCUACACGCGAUGAAAUCCGUAAAAAAAUUGAAAAAUUAAAACAACGUUUAACGGAUAUGAUUGGUUUAACAAUUAUAUUGGAUGAUCCAUGUGGAAAUAGUUUUGUUGAACAGGCUAAUAAUGUUGAACAUUAUGAACGUAGCUGGGAACAAAAUGAAGAAUUAGGUUUAAAUGAUAUUAAUACUGAUGAUGCAAACCAAACAUUGACAAAAUAAAAUCCUAAAUGAAAAAAAAGAAAUUUCAAAAUAUCAAACAAGGAUUACAUCAGGAUUUUUUUUCAAAAUUCAUUCCGGUAACAUUGUUCAUUAAUGGCGCCCAUGUGUGUUUUGUGAUAAAUGAUCAUCAUCAUCGGAAAAAAAAGAAGGAAGAUUUAAUCGUAUUUGGAAACUAAAUUGAAUUUGAUUUUUCGAAUGGAAUUGAAAACCAAAAAU